UGACGUCAGAUAGUUGCCCUUGUAUGAGAGAGAUGUCGACUUCCUCGAAUUUGGGAUUUCCAAAAGCACAGGAAACAACUUUAGUACAUCAUUUACUUUUUCGUCCGUCGUUUCCAGGUGAAAUGAGUGUGUAUUCUUUUAUUUUCUAGGCUCAGCAUUCGACUUGCUUACCUUUUCCUGUAUAACCUGCUUCAGUUCUGUGGGCACACAUGGAUAUUUGCAAACAUGACAGCCAGGUUUCUCACAUUUGGUGGAGACGCGCUUGCUGACACCUUCUAUGCUGUGGGGGUUGUGAUGAGUCUAUGCCAGCUGUUGUCCGUGCUGGAGCUCUUCCACAUCGCUGAUGGGAUCGAGAAGGCACGCCUUCUGCCACGGUUUGUUCAAGUUAUGACCAGAAACUUCCUACUGUUUAUGGUGAUAGUCAGUCAAGAGGAGAUCCAGAGUAAACCGGUUGUGUGUGCACAGUUUUACCUGUGGAAUAUUCUAGAUCUGUUAAGGUACCCCCAUGUUCUCCUGUGUUUGAUGGGCACGGAUUCCUUUGGCAUGCUGUGGGCUCGAUACACCCUAUCCAUCCCCAUCUACAUAGUCUCAGUCAUCACAGAAGGCAUAACCAUUCACCAAUCACUGCCUUACUUUGAGUCAUUGGGAACAUACUCAUUCCAGCUCAGCCUGCCGGUGUCUGCAGGAAUUUACUUCCCUAUCCUCCUGAAGGCAUACUUACCUUUACUGGCUGUUGGGGCUUGUGUAACAGUGUGGCAUUCGCUGAGGGCGAGAGAACUGCGUCUUGACAAGUGGAAUAAGAAGAUUAAAAGGAAAUGAGGUGGAUUUCUUAUCGCAGGAUAUAUCACCUCGGGAGUUACUUAAGAAGACAUGAAGACAUUAUGACCCAACAGCAAAUGAGAACAUCUUCCUAAGAAGGCUUCUUUGCACAACAUCGCUUUGAUGAGGUCACACUUUCGGGAAUAGUUGGAUAAGCAAAAUGUUUAUAAACGUGUUCAGUUGAGAAACUUGCUGGUCUCUUCUUCCAAGGCUUGAUGUCCAAUCUAAGCACAACUUAGUCUAAAAUGAACAAAGCAUCAGAAAAUCAGUUUGUGUUAACAUCUCAAGUGUUUUAAUGAGGAACUCAGUGUUGCACAACAAGUCUUUUUGUCAGUAAUGUUAGUAAAGCAAACAAUUGCACAGUACAAGUGGCAGGAAUGAUACGCUUACACACACACACACACACACACACACACACACACACACACACACACACACACACACACACACACACACACACACACACACACACACACACACACACACACACACACACACAGAAACACACACACACACACACCUUGUCAUGGGGGAAAAUAGAUUGUUUCAUGGCCAAACCAUCCCACUGUCGAAAGCCCCACCUUAAAGCCAGGGCAGGCACAGGGGUGUCUAGACUAUCUCCACAAGGCUAGAUUCCUUAGUUGCUUCAUCCAUAUUUUAUAUAUACCCAUUGAUUCUUGAAGACUGUUACUUGCCUCAUGAGUUUUGUUCAAUUGUUGUACUUUAUCAGAACCCAAAAUCUACUCCAAUGUAAAAAAUAAAUUAACCAAACACUG